GGAGGGCGGUGGCGAACGCGGGUCCACAGAGGCCGAGCGCCCAGCCCGCCCGCACCGCGCCAUGGCCCCGCGCGCCCGGCGGCGCCGCCAGCUGCCCGCGCCGCUGCGGGCGCUCUGCGUGCUGCUCGUCACACUGCAGGUGACCCUCCAGGUCACUCCUCCGUGCACCCAGGAGAGGCACUAUGAGCAUCUCGGACGGUGCUGCAGCAGAUGCGAACCAGGAAAGUACCUGUCUUCUAAGUGCACUCCUACCUCCGACAGUGUGUGUUUGCCCUGUGGCCCAGAUGAGUACUUGGAUUCCUGGAAUGAAGAAGAUAAAUGUUUGCUGCAUAAAGUCUGUGAUGCAGGCAAGGCCCUGGUGGCGGUGGACCCUGGAAACCACACGGCCCCGCGUCGCUGUGCCUGCACGGCCGGCUACCACUGGAAUGGAGACUGCGAGUGUUGCCGCAGGAACACGGAGUGCGCACCUGGAUUCGGAGCUCAGCAUCCCUUGCAGCUCAACAAGGAUACGGUGUGCACACCCUGCCUCCUAGGCUUCUUCUCAGAUGUCUUUUCAUCUACAGACAAAUGCAAACCUUGGACCAACUGCACUCUCCUUGGAAAGAUAGAAGCACACCAAGGGACGACAGAAUCAGAUGUGGUCUGCAGCUCUUCCCUGACAUUGAGAAGACCACCCAAGGAGGUCCACGUUUACUUGCCCAGUCUCAUCGUUCUGGUCCUCUUCAUCUCUAUGGUCGUAGUGGCUGCCAUCGUCUUCGGCGUUUACUACAGGAAGGGAGGGAAAGUGCUGACAGCUAACUUGUGGAACUGGGUCAAUGAUGCUUGCGGCAGUCUAAGUGGACAUAAGGAGUCCUCAGGGGACCGCUGUGUUGGUUCCCACUCGGCAACCUCCAGUCAGCAAGAAGUGUGUGAAGGCAUCUUACUAAUGACUCGGGAGGAGAAGAUGGUCCCAGAAGACGGCGCUGGCGUUUGUGGGCCUGUGUGUGUGUCAGGUGGGCCCUGGGCAGAAGGCAGAGAUGCUAGGACGUUCACCUUGGUCAGCGAGGUUGAGAUGCAGGGGGACCUCGCAAGGAAGAUUCCCACAGAGGAUGAGUACACAGACCGGCCGUCGCAGCCAUCUUCGAAUGGUUCGCUGUUCCUAAUCCAGCCUGGAAGCAAAGCUACGCCUCUGUUCCGGGAGCCCCUGGAGGUCGGGGAGAAUGACAGCUUGAGCCAGUGUUUCACGGGCACUGAAAGCAUGGUGGAUUCUGAAGGCUGCGACUUCACUGAGCCUCCAAGCAGAACUAAUGACAUGCCUGUGUCCCCUGAAAAGCACCCGACAAAAGAAAUAGAGGGUGACAGUUGCCUUCCCUGGGUGGUCGGCUCCAGCUCAGCAGAUGGAUACACAGGCAGCGGGAACACUCCUGGGGAGGACCACGAACCGUUUCCCGGGUCCCUGAAAUGUGGACCAUUGCCCCAGUGUGGCUACAGCAUGGGCCUUCCCAGUGACGGGGCAGCCAGCAUGGCAGAACCUGGAGUGCGGUCCCAGGACAGGGCUGAUGCGAAGCUUCCGAGCUCAGAGAGGGGAGCCUCAGGGUCUGGGAGCUCCCCCAGUGACCAGCCACCUGCCUCUGGGAACGUGACGGGAAACAGUAAUUCCACGUUCAUCUCCAGCGGGCAGGUGAUGAACUUCAAGGGUGACAUCAUCGUGGUGUACGUCAGCCAGACCUCGCAGGAGGGCCCGGGGCCCGCCGAGCCGGAGCCGGAGCCCGUGGGCCGCCCGGUGCAGGAGGAGACGCUGGCACGCAGAGACUCCUUUGCGGGCACCGCGCCGCGCUUCCCCGACGCCUGCGCCACCGGGGCUGGGCUGCAGGAGCAGGGGGCACCCGGGCAGAAGGAUGGGGCAUCGCGGCCGGUGCAGGAGCAGGGUGGGGCGCACGCCUCACUCCAUACUCAAGGGUCCGGACAUUGUGCAGAAUGACAGCACCUUUUCUGCCUGCCCUGGGUGCAGGGCGCCAGUGGCUUUCCAAGAACCCGUUCCAUGCCGCUGCGCACCUCCUCACAGGUGCAGGCUGCUGGCGUGGCGGCAGGGCGGUGGAGUCCACCUCGCACUCCCUCCACAGCCCCUCUCCUCUGCCUCCUACCACCUGGCAUCAUUCAGUUUGGCCUUUUUUGCAACGUUGGUGUCUGGCAUUAUUGAGAUCUGUAUCACCCACCCCCAUAUUUAUUACCCACUUGCUUUUGUAGUGUUUUCUGAUCCCCCCCCCCAUACACACUUCCUGGCAAUCCUGAGGUGCUGUCCCCUUUACAUUGUUUUGCACUCCUCCCAUGUGGUGACAGCUUUUGCCAGUGUCCCCUAAGCACUUUCAGAAAAAGGCUGGAUGUGGAGAGCUAGGGGGUGACGUGCAAGGAAUGAGCAGCGGGUUUUAUUUUCUGAAAACAGUGUGUGUCUCAGUUUUUCUCCAAAGAGUGAAAGGGACACAAGGCCACCAGCACUAAGGCUCUUAGUGUGUGUAGAUCCUUCAGAGCUAAGUU